AUUUAUUAUCUGCAGGGAAAGAGUUAAAAUGAUAUUUUUACAUCUGUACUGAUUUUCUUGAAGCUAUGUUACUGCUGGCGCCAUCUAGCGUCCAGAACAUCAUCUAAAAGUAACAGGAUCGUAAAAAAAAAUAAUAUGAAAAUGUAAUAUAUUUCCUUUUCACGGGGUACGAACUCGCUACCACCCAAUAAUUAAUAAAAAGGGAUUGAGGGGGACCGCAUCCAAGUCUUUAAGCGAUACCCCACAAUUCCUUGGUUGAUAUGGUUCUUAAUUAUCUGCAUAAGGUUUUUCCGUGCUCCGCCAUCUUGGAUUUCCUCUAUAGCCGCCAUUUUGAAGAAUUUUCUUGGUGGGUAAAUGACGUCACCCUUAUCAUGUUUGUGCAUGAUUUGGUUGGGAAAUGGCGUCUGCCUUUUCACUCCCUUUGUGUAGACAUCCGCGUAGGUGAACGAAUACAUUUCUGUGGACCAAUCAGAAAGCAGAAAAAUGAUGUCAUGCCCUCUUAACCAAUCCGCGUAUUCAGACAAAGUAAAAAGUUCGGAGCCGAGUUUCAACCGCUGGAUUGCCUCCGAAAUUCAUUACUUGCUAAAUUCUAGAAGUUUGUUACCACGCUUUUUGAAAAAACAAGAAAUUCUCUUCGUAUCUGCGAAAAUGGCUUCAAGAAACAGUAAACGUUCUUUGGAACCCUUUUUUGAUCAAUGUGAGGAUUCCGAUGUAUCUGUAAGAGAUUCUAAUGAUCAAUGUGAGGAUUUCCAUGCGCUUUUAAGAGAUUCUGAUGAUGAGUGCCUGAGUGAAACAUCUCAAAUAUUCAUCGAAAAUCCUAUUGACGGCAUUGAAAAUUAUUUUAGUGAUUCAGGAGAUGAACUCUUAAGUGAAACUUCGCAGAUAUUUUUGGAGAAUCCUUUGGUUUUGCCUCUUUACUAUCAAGUAGGCUCGGGAUAUGAGACUCAACCUUCUGCUCCAUCUAAAGGACCUGCAUAUGUGGAACAUGACAUUUCAGUAAAUAUGGAAAAUGCUAUUAUACUCAAAGAGAAGGCACGGCGUCGUAACCGAAAGUAUCAAGGCGAGGAAAUAACCUUCCAGGCACGUGUUGAUAUGAAUCGUCUGCCUCAAAAUAUUCGCAACAGGCCUCUUCUAGCCGUAACUGAAUCUGUUAGACAGCUGUUUGAAAUAUUAAUUCAACGGUCAACAGAAAAUCUAAGGCCGACAGAUUGGAUACGAAUGUGUAUCCAAGCCGAUGGAUUGGAUAAACCCAUGUCUACGAAAAUUAUUGCCGUAUCUUCCAUGACGGUGGAGACCGUAUUAUCGGUUAUUAUGAAAGUUCUGCAGUCAAAAGAUGAAAUUCGGCUGGAUUCAGGCUUCCUAGUAGAUGUGAUCACGAUUCGCAGGGAUAUCGGUGCAGGUAGAGCAAAGAUAAUCAACAUUCAAGUAGAUCGUCUUAAAAAACGCUCUGUCCUUUCCAUCCCGUCAGAUGAUGAAGGGUUGUGUUGCGCAAAAGCAAUCGUAUAUGCCCUAGCUUAUCUUGAGCAAGACAAGUCAGCGCUUAAUUCUCUACGGGAUCGGAGACGAUCUGUUCUAAUGCUACGAGCUCAAGAAUUACACAAGUGUGCUGGAGUUCCUCUUGGUCCUUGUACAUACACUGAAAUCUGCACAUUUGAAAAUCAUCUAAAUAUACAAAUCGUAGUAAUAAGCAGUGAAAAUUUAAAUAAAGUCUCGUAUAAAGGAAGAUAUCGAACUCGUCGCAUUAAUUUGUGGCAACACAAUGGCCAUUUUGAUGUCAUUACAAAUUUACACGGUUUUUAUGGUUCGAAAAACUAUUGCGAAAAUUGUGAAAAGCCAUAUGACCGUCCAGAAGAUCACAGGUGUGACAAUAUGUGCCAUGUCUGCCUAAGAUUUCAAUGCGUUCCAGCAUUGCCUAAAAGAUGUAAAGAUUGUGAUCGCCUCUGUCAAUCUGAGGACUGCUUUGCAGCGCAUAAAGCCGUCACAGGUAGACAAGAGCAUUCAGUAUGCGAUAGGAUGUAUCAGUGCAGACAAUGCUCAAAAGUUAUCAUGCGACGGCAGUGUCCUAAAAUUUUACAUCGUUGCGGGACUAUCAAAUGCCCUUCGUGUAAAGAGUAUGUUAUAGCGUCAGAACAUCAUUGUUUCUUACAACUCAUUUCUGCGAAAAGUCCAUCCGAUAAAUUAAUUUUCUUUGAUUUCGAAACUGACCAAUCAUCAGGGGAACACAUCGUAAACUUUGCUGUAGCGCAGUACAAAGAUGGCCAAGAGAAAAUAUUUAAAGGAUACGAAGCAUGUCAUGAAUUCUGCUCUUGGCUGUUUACAACAGUGCACAAAAAUUACACUGUUAUUGCACACAAUAUGAAGGGAUUUGACGGUCAGUUUAUAAUGGCAUGGCUUUUAGAACAGGGUACGGCACCUGAAGUAAUCCCUAAUGGCUCUAAAGUGAUGGUAAUCACCCAUACCGCCCUCAACAUAAAACUUAUUGAUUCUUUUAAUUUCCUGCCGAUGGCUCUCUCAAAGCUGCCUGCUUGUUUCGGCCUUACAGAACUAAAAAAAGGAUAUUUUCCGCACCUUUUCAACAAGAAAGAAAAUCAAAAUUAUGUGGGAUUUUUACCUGAGCCUAAGUACUACAAUCCUGAUUGUAUGACUAGUGCGGUGCGAACCUCCUUUUUGGAAUGGCAUAAAGAACACGAGAAGGAUAUAUUUGAUUUCCAAGAAGAAAUUCUCACGUAUUGCCGAUCAGAUGUUGAUAUCCUUCGUAGAUGUUGCGUUGAAUUUAGAAAUCAGUUUUUAGAAAUUACAGGAGUAGACCCCUUUUGUUACAUAACCAUUGCAUCAGCGUGUAUGGCGGUUUACAGAUCCCGACACAUAAUACCUAAUACCAUCGCAAUGAUACCUGUAGGAGGUUAUAUCAAUCGCACGAAUCAUAGUCCUGACUGUAUUCGUUGGCUUGAUUUUAUUGCCCAAAAAGAGAGCAUUGAAAUCGAACACGCUUUGAACGGAAAAGGAGAAAGACGAUUGGAUGGUAUAUCUGUAGACGGAUAUUGCAAAGAAACAAAUACUGUUUAUCAAUACUACGGAUGUUUCUUUCACGGUUGCUCCACCUGUUUUGACGGAGAUGCACUCCACCCCAUAACAAAAUUACCCAUGUCGACAUUGCGACAACAAACGGUAGACAAGACUUACCAGCUACGUGAUCGAGGGUAUAAUGUAAUUGAAAUGUGGGAGCAUGAGUUUGAGAUGAAAAAGAAAACAGAUGAAAAAGUAAAAUAUUUUCUUCUAAGUCACGAGCUUCAGGAUCGAUUGAAUCCUAAAGAUGCUUUCUUCGGCGGGCGGACAAAUGCCAUUCAGCUGUAUUAUGAGGGUGAUGCAAAGUAUGUGGAUUUCACUUCACUGUAUCCAUGGGUCAAUAAAUACUGUUUGUACCCCGUCGGACACCCUAAUAUUAUUACUGAAAAUUUUGAUGCCUUGGAAAACUAUUUCGGUAUUAUAAAGUGCCGAAUACUGCCUCCUCGAGGUUUAUACCUCCCCGUAUUGCCGUACAGAGCACAAAAUAAACUGAUGUUUCCCCUCUGCAAGACUUGUGCUGAAUUAAUGUAUCAAGGCAUUUGCCAGCACUCAGAUGAUGAGAGAGCCAUCAUUGGCACAUGGGUGACUGAAGAAGUCAAAUUAGCAGUGAAAAAAGGUUACUGUAUAACAAAGAUUUAUGAAGUGUACCAUUUUUCUCAAUUUACGGAUACUCUAUUUCAAUCUUAUAUCAACUUGUUUUUAAAAAUAAAACAAGAAAGCAGCGGCUGGCCAGCCGAUUGUGUAAGCUCGACCGAACGAAAACGCUACAUUGAAGCCUAUUUUGAGCGAGAGGGUGUGCAGCUUGAUGAAUUUAAUAUUAAGAAGAAUCCUGGAAGACGGCAAGUAGCCAAAUUGGCUUUGAACAGCUUCUGGGGGCGAUGGGGAAUGAACCUGAACAAGAUACGUUUGACUUAUGUUCAUACAUUACCUGAUUUCAAUAAAUUAUUAGCAGAUCCAACAAAAAAUAUCAAAGACUUAUAUUUUCCGACUCCUGAAGUAGCUGCUGUGCAAUGGGACUAUAAACAUUAUUUUGUUCCACAGGACACAUCCACAAAUGUGUUCUUGGCAGCUUUUACUACUGCAUGGGCACGGUUAAAGCUUUACAGUGAAAUGGAGAAGUUGGGCCGUGCUGUGUUGUAUCAUGACACGGAUUCAAUUAUAUACGCAAGCGAUUUUACCAACGAUCCGCCUCUUGGUAAUUUUUUGGGGGAUUUUACAGAUGAACUCAAUGGAGAUACUAUUACUACAUUUGUCUCUGGAGGCCCUAAAAAUUACGCUUAUGUAACAGCCCGAGAGGAAUUCGACUCGAAACUCAACAUUCGAUUUGAGAUUGUGCAAAAUUACAUGAUACUGUUCAAAAUCAUCUCAUUUAGAGAUUAA